ACUAUUGUAACUUGACUUGACCUUUAAAUUCCACCGUGUUGUUUGCAACUUCGUCCAUUUUCUUAAUCUCUUGUUGCAUUCCUUCAAUGUUGUGUGGGUGGAAAUCUAAAUCCAGCUUCUUAAUUAUCCGGAAAAGCAAUGGCCUGGCAUCGAUUGGAGUCUUGUUAUGUUGCUGUUCUUUCCCUCCUCGCUCUCAUCUCUCUCUGUCGUGGUGCUACCCUAUAUGUGCACGAUUAUCCUAAUAUUGCACGUCACUCCAGUUCAUGGACUAACGUUGAACAAGAGCUUAUCUGGGGGGAUGAGAAGGUCUCUCUGCUGCCCAUUCUUUGCAUCAAAGGCGAAGGUGCAGGGUUCUGCUUUGGAUUCUACUGCCGCUAUAUAAGAGAUGAAUGCCUCUUGGCUGUUGUCAUCUGCCCCGCAUACAAUCUCCCUCUUAUAUCAUCUCCAGAACUAGUGUGGUCUGCUAAUCGGAACAAUCCUGUCCGGAUAAAUGCUACUUUACAGCUAACUGGAGGAGGAGACUUGAUCUUGAAGGAUGCUGAUGGCAAAUUUGUUUGGUCCACAAACACAACAGGAAAGAGUGUUUCAGGCUUAAAAUUGACUGAAGCGGGAGAUGUUGUCCUCUUUGACGCAAACAAUGCUACGGUUUGGCAGUCUUUUGACCACCCCACCGAUGCUCUACUUCAGGGCCAAAAGAUGGUUUCAGGGAAGAAGCUUACAGCCAGCUUAGCCACAGAUAACUGGACUGAAGGUAUGUUAUCACUUUCCGUUACUAAUGAAGCUCUGGUAGCUUAUGUAGAGUCCAAUCCUCCUCAGAUCUAUUAUCUUCUUGAGGGCUCGGAUACAGACACAAAAGGUAAAACAAAACAAAAUUAUAUCUUACUCGGGAAUGAAAGCCUCGAUGGGUUCAUACAUGGUGCUGACCCAAACUAUCCAGAUUCAAGGAUUUUCAUUGCUACAGACUUGUCUGCUCAGUUCAUCAAACUGGGGCCGGAUGGUCAUUUGAGAGCCUACGGGUGGAAAAAUAAUAGCUGGGAGGCGGCUGAUCUUCUGACUGAUUGGUUAUCAUUUCCAAAUCAUCUAAGUGAUGUAGAUGAUUGUCAAUACCCGCUGGUGUGCGGGAAAUAUGGCAUUUGCUCAGAAAGACAGUGUAGCUGUCCCCCACCAUCUGCUAAUGGAACAAACUAUUUCAGGCCAGUAGAUGACAACCUACCCAGUCAUGGAUGCUAUACAACUAAACCCAUUGCUUGCGGCUCUUCUCAAUAUCAUCAUCUUCUUGAGCUUCAACACGUAGGUUACUUUGCCUUCAGUUCUGACAUUAGCAGUACAAACGUAGAAAAUUGCAAGCAGGCCUGUUUGAACAACUGUUCAUGCAAAGCUGCUCUUUUUCAAUAUACAGACGAUCCUUUAGAUGGGGAUUGCUGCCUUCUAUCUGAGGUCUUUUCAUUGAUGACCACUGAUCGGGGUGAUAUUAAGUCAUCCACGUUCCUUAAAGUGGCGAUUUCUCCUAUUGAUAUUGGAAACAUGAAGAAAAAAGGGCAUGCUAGAGUUAUACUCGUAUCAAGUCUUGCAGCUUUCUUCGGUGUCUUUAUUUUUAUGACCACUUGCUUCUUUCUUUUCAGAAAGAAAAAGGAUUCUAUUGAAUUUGAGGAGGAUUACCUAGAUCAGGUAUCAGGAAUGCCCACUAGAUUCUCCUUCCAAGACUUGAAAUCUACAACACAAAACUUUAGUUGUAAGCUUGGGGAAGGAGGAUUCGGGUCAGUCUAUGAAGGCACUUUGAGCAAUGGUGUCAAAGUUGCAGUCAAGCAUCUUGAAGGUUUAGCUCAAGUAAAGAAAUCAUUCUCAGCUGAAGUUGAGACGAUAGGCAGUAUUCACCAUGUCAAUUUGGUAAGACUGAUUGGAUUUUGCGCUGAAAAAUCACAUAGGCUCUUAGUCUAUGAGUACAUGUGUAAUGGGUCCCUGGAUAAAUGGAUCUUCCACAAAAACCAACAUCUUUCCCUUGGUUGGGAAUCCAGAAGAAAGAUCAUCCUUGACAUAGCGAAGGGACUAGCCUAUCUCCAUGAAGAAUGCAGGCAGAAGAUAUUUCACUUGGAUAUCAAACCCCAAAACAUCCUUUUGGAUGAACACUUGAAUGCAAAAGUUUCCGAUUUCGGAUUGUCAAAACUGAUUGACAAGGACCAAAGCCAAGUUGUAACAACAAUGAGGGGGACCCCGGGUUACUUGGCUCCCGAAUGGUUGAGCUCAGUUAUCACAGAAAAAGUGGACGUCUACAGCUUUGGCGUUGUGUUGUUAGAAAUUCUGUGUGGGCGAAGAAAUGUAGACCGAUCUCAACCUGAAGAAGAUAUGCAUUUACUCGGUAUUUUCAGAAGGAAGGCAAAUGAAGGACAAGUGUUGGAUAUGGUUGAUAAAAACAGUGAGGAUAUGCAGAGACAUGGAGCAGAAGUUAUGGAGCUGAUGAAGGUUGCUGCAUGGUGCCUACAAAAUGAUUAUGCCAGGAGGCCUUCCAUGUCCGUGGUGGUGAAGGCUUUGGAGGGUUUGGUUGAUAUUGAAGAUGACCUGAUUUACAAUUUUUCGUAUUCACCAUUACCUAGGGGCAUUGCUCACAAGGUUGCUGCUGCUGCUACUCCAAUUAUGCCAUCAGCUUUAUCAGGACCUAGGUAAACGUCAACCUACGGACUUUUCUCAAUAUUAUGGUAAUUUAAAAAAGUUAUACUUAAAUUAUUGUAAUAGAAGAAGUUAUUAUAAAUAUAAGGUAGUUUUUACCACCUAGGAAAGAGGAGAGAGGGUGAACGGAUAAUUUUUUUUUAAAACCAAAAUUAUCUUUUCAAAUUUCAAGAGACGAAAUCGUCUUUCCAAGAGACGAAAUCGUCUUUUCAAGAGACGAGUUAUAUGAAAAAAUAUAUAUAUAUAUUUUUAAAAAUUCCCCAUUUAUAAAAAAAAAAAAAAAAAAUCCUUAAGAGAACUCGUCUAUCCGUUCACCCUCUCUUCUCUCUCCUCUCUUCUAGGUGGUAAAAACUACCAUAUAUUUGUAAUAACUUUUUUUACUAUAAUAAUUUAAGUAUAACUUUUUUAAAUUACUAUACUAUUAAGAAAAGUAGGUCAACCUACCUAGCUGUAACUCUAAUGAAAGUGUGAUGCUUUUAUGAAAUUUUAUUUAGUCUUUAUUUGGUUGUAACUGAAAAUUUAAAAAUUUUCAUUUUCACCUUCUUCCUUUUGAAUUUGAUGAGCUUUUGUGGCUUUAUUAUUUUAUUAUUUUUA